UUGAUAAUUUUUGGGGGGAUUAAUGAGUUAAAUUUAUUUACCUGAGUAAUUUUUUGCUUCGUUUACGCGAAAAAAAAUCAUCCUCGCGAACGAUGCACAUUUUGUUUUGGAUACCCAGAGCCAUUUUCAAUAUUUUGGCGACAAUUGAUGGACAAAAAAUGGGGGGCAAAGUUUAUUGUAAAUUGAAACAUUAAAUGUUAAUUAAUUCCGGGAGAUCAGAGGGAAAACAAUUAUUUCAGUCAACAAUCCAUCGACUCUCAAUCACCGAAGGAAAUUGUUGUUUUUCCCAAUUUGAUAGACGCCAUUUUUGUUUUUUAAGAGAAUGUAAUCACGAUGUUUUCGUUCAAUGAAUUCCGCGAGUCAGGACAAGAGAAAUAAGUUUUUUUGUAUUGGUUGGUUUGGAGAUUGCAGCUGUGUUAUCAGCCACUCCCAGUUGGUCGCUUUCUUAGCCUUGAAAAUCCAUCCACUUUCUCGAACAAGAUGGCGGAGGCAUAAAUGAAUGCAGUGAAACUGAAAAUUGCAGUUGAAGCCUUUUGGGAUCGUUUUCUUAGGGUCUCCGGUGACUGGAACAAUCCGUGAUUUUUAGAGGAUUUCGGUACUAUCAAGGGGCAAGGACUUGUGACCAUUUUCUGGAAUUUAAUAUAAAAAGUUGGAGUUGUUUAUCUGGAGGAAUUUUUCAUAAAAAGUUGUCCUUUAAAAAAAUCUUUCAGCCACUUUCUAUGAGAAUUCGUUGGAAAAUCGAUUUUUUUUUCCUACAUUUUUAUCGCCGGUGUUUUGACACCCGAGAUUAUACACGACUUCAGGCAGAAGUUUUAUGCCAAUCAGGGAAACAUUCAAGCACAGAAUGCUUGCGUCAAGAAUGAUCCCCUCGAGAUGUGCGUGUCCAGGAAGCACCUCGAGGAGACGAAUCACGUGUUUCAACAUAAAGUCGCCGAGGUCAAGCCCAUGACGAAUCAGAAGAACUCUGGGAGAUGCUGGUUGUUCGCUGCUCUCAACGUCAUGAGGAUCAAGUUCAUGAAACAGUACAAUCUGGAGGAGUUUGAGUUUAGCCAGGCGUAUCUCUUCUUCUGGGAUAAGGUCGAAAGAAGUAACUUCUUCCUCCACAACAUCGUAUCAAUCGCAAAACGAGGUGAAAAAAUCGAGGAUCGUCUCGCCUCGUUCCUUCUAUUCGAGCCAGUCCCAGACGGUGGCCAAUGGGACAUGCUGACAAACCUGAUAAAUCGUUACGGUGUCGUACCAAAGAGCUGUUUCCCCGAGUCAUGGACGAGCGAAUCAACAUCGCGAAUGAAUUCUCUCGUCAACAGUAAACUCCGUGAGUUCGCCAAAGCCCUCAAGAAUCUCGUUGACAGUGGAGCAAGCGAUGAAGAUAUCGAGACGAAAAUCACCGGGCAGAUGGUAACAGUAUUUCGCAUCAUUGGCAUAUGCCUGGGUGUGCCCUCGGAGACAAUCACCUGGGAGUACUACGACAAGUCCAAGGUGUACAACUGCAUUGGGCCACUGAAGCCAGUGGAUUUCUACACAAAAUACGUCAAACCGUACUUCAACGUCGAUAACAAAGUCUGUCUCGUCACUGAUCCAAGGCCAUCGAAUCCUUUUGGCCAUUUAUACCAGGUUGAGUGCCUUGGCAAUGUCGUUGGUGGACGAAAGACACUGUACAACAAUCAGCCGCCAGAGCUACUGAUGUCCCUGGCUGCUGACAGCAUUAAAGCGGGAGAGGCUGUGUGGUUCGGCUGCGAAGUCUCCAAAAGAUUUGCCUCCAAGUACGGAAUUCAGGAUAUCAAAGCUCAUGAUUUCACUGCUCUUUUUGGUGUCGACAUUCAGCUAGGACUGACCAAGGCCGACAGACUGGUCUAUGGGGAAUCGGCCAUGACACAUGCUAUGGCGUUCACUGGGGUCUCCACUGAUGCAGAGGGAAAAGUCAAGAAACUGAGGGUCGAAAACUCAUGGGGAGAGGAACGAGGUGACAAAGGCUAUCAAGUACUGAGUGCAGAGUGGUUCAAUGAAUUCGUGUUCGAAGUCGUUGUGGAUAAAAACUUUGUGCCAGCCGACGUUUUGGCUGUAUUUGAUCAGGAACCGGUGCUCCUGCCAGCUUGGGACCCCAUGGGUUGCCUAGCUCGCUCCUAAAUUCUCUGAUCAAUCGUAACUGAUAAGAAUAUUGAUUUUUCAACAUUUCAUAACAAUUUCAUUAUAUCUAUAUCCAUGUAAGAGAAAUCAGCAUUUUCCACGACGAAAAAUUAUUGAAUAAAGAGGAAUAUCUUUACAUUGCAAA